AUGGGCGUUCUGGCCGCGCUGCAGGUUGCUUCCUCAAUCCUUGCCUUCUGUUACGACGUGCGAUCAGGGAUGAAGAAGAUCACUUGGUCGUUGAUACAGAUAAUUGAGGAAGUCCGCGAUGUUCGAAACCUCAUCGAAGCAGUUCAGUCAGUCCUCGAUCAGGGAAACUUAGUUGAAUCCCCAGUGCCGGACCACGGCGAUACUUCACUCGAGCUAUCCGCGAAAAUAAAGCCUGCGCUUGCAACUUGCUUAUCUCAACUCCAGGCCCUCGAAGCUCGAAUUAAGCCCGAGCUGAUUCCGAAUCUCUUGGACUCAAAGACAAAGGCUUUAGUGAACUCGAUAUCGUGGAAGCUAAAGCUCAACGACACGAAAGAGUUCAUUGCCAAUUUGCAGCGCUGCAAAGAAGGCUUGCAACUAGCCAUAACUUCUCACAACGCAGUGACACUGCGCAAUGUUGAGCGACUCACCAUUUCGCUGGACUACAAGAUGAAUGACUCUCGAGAGCAGCUUGAACACGAGCAACAGAAGGCAGUGGUUGACUGGCUUUCUCCCCUAAAACCGGGCCAAGCUCACGAUAGAGCUCUAAACUCCCACCAAAAUGGGACUUCGGGUUGGCUUCUCGUUGGUCAAGAGUUUCAGGAGUGGUUGAAAGGGGACGUCAACUUACUGUGGCUGACUGGACCACCCGGUUGUGGGAAAACGGUCAUGAUAGGUCAGGCCAUCGACUCAGUUGCCGCGCUGGAACAACAAGACUGUCUCUCCGCCUUUGCCUACUGUGACUUUCGUGUCCCUGAUACACAGAUCUUGACCAAUGUAUUAGGAACAAUGCUAGCACAGCUGUGCGCUCAACUGCAUGACUUCCCCAAAGAUUUGUCGAGCGCACAUAAGGCCAGCAUGGAACAAAACUUCGGAUACCCCCCGACUGUCGAGCUGCUAAGUGGCACCAUCGCGUCUAUCGCUGCAACAAAGAGGGUUUACCUCUUUAUUGAUGCCGUUGAUGAAGUCUCGGAUUGUAAGGCAGUAGCGGAGCACUUGGCCAGCUUAAUCGAUCUCACAACAGCGAUAAAGAUCUUUGCGACAAGCCGCAACGACGUACAGAUUCAACGGGCAUUUUCCAGCGCCCGACGCAUCUCCAUGGAAGAGCACUUGUCAGAUACUGACGAAGACAUACAGAGAUACUGUAGAACCAUCCGAGACAUCAAGAAGUCUCUGCAAAAGCUUCCAAAUGGGCUAGAUGAGACUUACAGCCGAUCCCUACUAAAAGUGCCGCCUUCAGACAUCCCUCUCAUUCAGAAGACCUUGACUUGGCUUGCGUUCUCACCGGUACCCAUCACUCUACAUGAGCUAUGGGAGGCACUGGCCAUCGAGAAAGGGAACGAUGUCAUUGACGACGAAUCACGCCUUCGAAGUCCGCAAGACAUCUUGGUGAUUGGGAAAAGCCUCAUCACCGUCUCAACUGACGGUCAUGUGAUGCUUUCUCAUCUCUCAGUUCGAGACUAUCUCGUCUCUGCUGAGAUAGUCGAAGUCCCGGAAACCGCAAGAUUUUCCCUUCGUUCAGGUUCAAGCCAUCAAGAGCUAGCUCAGGACUGCCUUACCUACCUGUUGCUAUCGCCCUUUUCUGAUGGUCCCUCUAGUACCCAGAAGGAGUACCUGUCUCGACUGAAGCAGUUCCCACUUCUCAAGUACGCAACCAAAUACUGGUUCUACCAUGCUCGCAACGCAGACUACAGUGAAGAGACCCAGGAACUGGCCAUGCGGCUCUUCUCGGAAUCUGGUCGGCAAAACUUCAUGUCUUGGGUCCAGGUCUUUAACGCAGAUGCCUCAUUCAAGUGGGACGUGUAUCCGCGACACGCUACAUCACUCUACUAUGCUUCGUCUAUAGGUCUAGAUGAGGUGGUGGAGUCUUUGCUUCAGUCGGCAACACCCGAAACGAUCAAUGCACCGGGCAGCCGCUUUGGAGGAACGGCCCUACAUGCUGCAGCUAUAAGAGAACACAUCACGAUCAUCAAACGCCUCAUACUUGCGGGCGCUGAACCAGGCAAGCAGGACUUCAACGGUGUAUCGCCGUUACAUAGCGCUGCGAGUCAGGGCAGUAUUGAUGUGGUCAAGGUGUUGUUGAGCAACGGGGCUCCGAUCGAUGUGAAGGAUGGAAUGGAUGGAACUACUCCACUUGAUUGGGCACGUUUAAGUGGUCACGAAGAUGUCGCGAACCUUCUGCUAAAAGGCCUGGAAGAGUGCUCUCCGUCACGUCCUUCUUCGCUGGGAUCACCUCCUAGUACACAGGGAUCUCGCACAACCCAAUUUUCUCACAGGACCGAAGAACCGCAGGUUGGGAUCUGGCAGCCCGGCGUGGGUUUCUUUCCAGACUACUACGAAAAGCGCUCCGGACUAGAGUCUUCGCUUGUCCUGAGUAUAAGCAUUGGAGAAGAGGCAUCGCAAGUCGAUGGCGAGUUCUUACAAUCUCUGGAGAAGACUGAGGAACCAAAUCCAGUUUGGUAA